AAAUGCAUUUUUGUCAAAGGUUAGUCUCUAAGGUUUAAAGGAGCGAGUUGUUCACAUGGUCAAUCACGUGAUCGGUAGUUAUGCAUGAAACAUGAUCUAUAUAUGCCUUUUUUAAGUAAAUUGUAACCAAGGAAACAAGGAUAAGGUCUGCAUAUACAUCUUGAGAUCGAGCUAUUUUGUGAAAGUUUCUAUUUGCUUUUGCGACGUUCCUAGUAGCAACAAUAAUUUUGGUAAAUUCCUUUCACAAUAUCUUCGUGGAAACAGGAUUAAUAAUUUAAAUUCAGAUUCUUAAAUUUCAUUCGAUGCUAUUAUUGAGUUUGCACAAAAGAACGGCUUUUUUGGCUGAAGUUUUGAAGGAGUUAUAGAAAAGUUUUUUAUAUUUGCCGGUGGUUAAUAAUAUUAAGUUAAAGAAAAGAUUUUGAUGGAAAGGGUGCUCAAAGAAGAAGAAAAGAUUUAAAAAAGCAAGCGAAUAAAAAUAGUCAUCCAAGCCGAUUCUAUCACACCUACAGAUGUACUGACUGCAGGAAGAAACGAAGAAACCUCGUAAUGUAUAACCCGAUGCAAAUAUUUAUUGUUACUUUCUUUUGGAAUGUGAGACGUUGUAUUGCAUAUUACGAAUGCAAACCAAGAAAGUCCCUGGUACCAACAUGUGGCAAUGGAGAUUAUUUUUGGCCACCCUAUGUGGAAUUAAAUAGAUGCCAGGGUGGGAUAAACAACCCGCAUAUGAAUCACUGUCAAGCGAAGAAAACCAAGAUGAUCGACACAAAAGUGAUGGACUUUGGUGGUGUCCAACGCAUUGUCAAACUGGAGAAUCACUUAGAAUGUGAAGAAGUGUGUGUCUGUGGGAAUUGUGGAAGAAGAAAAGCGAAACCAGUCUGCGAACAAGGAUUUAUCUGGGAUGAAAGUCGUUGUAAAUGCAUAUGCACUUGUGCUUUUAACAACAACAUUAAAAGUAAAGAUGAAUCAAACAAAGCAUUAGACACUCAUAAUAUUACCGCAACUCAACUCAUACUCAUUAUGAUUGGUGAAUUUCUCACAAUCUGCAUUAUCAUUCUGACUGUUCGAAAAGCAGUCGAACAUCACCAACGAACAAAACAUUCGAAAAUUAUCAAUGGUGAAAAUACAAUCUCUUACAAUGCUUUAAAAGAUAAUGGCGUUCACCUAUAAAGUAUUGAAUCAGAAAGAUAUUAUUGUGUUUCACAUGAACAAUUAUUUAUUUUAUAUUGAAGUAAUAAAGAAAACAAUGUUACUAUAGCGUGUCAGUGGCACCUGCGGUGGAACUUGUACAACUAGACGUGAAUACAUUCUCUUCUUAAACAUGAGACAAUAAAUUGUACACUUCUAUGGAAAAUUUAA